AUGGAAUCCAGAGAUUUUCUGUGGGCUGGAACCAAACCCAACCAUCCGUGGUGUGACAAAAAGAACCAUCGCCUUUGUCCUGUGGAAGCGCGGCAUCAAAACAAAUCGCAGGAACUCGCUAUGGAUCCCGCAUUCUUCUCCCUAAUUCCUGCUACUCUUCCAUGUUUCCGGAGUUAUAGAGAAUAUGAGAAGAGCAAGGGAAGCAAGAAAAUACUGUGGAUGAGUAAAUUCAGCUUCAGAAUUCCACAUUUCGAAUAUUCACGGGAUCUGCGGUCUCAGCUUGAAACUUGGCGGCUACGGCAUGCUACUGCAGGGGAGGUGCAGGAAAAUACUGGCAGUCAUUUAGGGCCGCUGCGCCACGCCGCCAGGAGUGUCCAGGCGGCGUCUGCCUGCUUCUGCUUGGCUCCCAGCUGGCCUCUUAGGCAGAUGGCUCCAGGUAACACAACUGUGUCCAAACGAGACAAAGUUAACUCCUACAUGUUAAAAAGAUCACUGUUCUUUGUGAGGCAACAAUGGUGUAGUCAGCGGCAGAACUGCAGCGUGGCGGCGUCAACGAGGGGCUUCGGCGACCCCUGUCCUGGCACCCUCAAGUACUUGGAGGCGCAUUUCCAGUGUGUUCCUGAACUAACGUCCUUCCUCCCUUGCAGUGAGUCCGCCCCAGCACACCGCGCGCGCCCCCCCGCACUGGUUCAUCGCCACCAAGACGACCGUCAGCUCCAUCACGGAGGACGACCUCUCUUUCCGUCGCCGCCCACGAAGAUCAGUCCCGCCGGCGCUGGCGGAAGGCAGCGCCAGUGGGGGGCCGUCACCGACGGCGUAGAGCGCGAGGGCGGCCUUGGCGCCGGUGUUGAAGGAAGCGUAGAGGGAGGCGACGGCACAGGCGUCGUGGGCGGCGCCGCCGACGUCGUGGGCACCGACCUCGGCAACCGGCUGAAGGGAACGCCCGCAGAGGACCUCCCACAGACGACCACCUCCACCACGACCACGACGACGCUACGCCCGCCGCCGUGGCUGAUCACCAACACCACCAAGAACACCACGACCUCCACCACCACCUCCUCCACCACGUCAACGACCACCUCGACCGCGAAGCCGUCGUCCUCGACCACGUCCACCACGGCGCGCCCCAACACCAACCUGGAGGCGCCCGCCGUCCCCUCCGAGGGCGGGUCCGAGGGCGGCAGAGACGACCACGAGCACCGGGACGCGGCCAAGGGCGCCGCCACCGACGGGCCCGACGCGUCCGACGCCGACAGAGUCUCCACCUCGACCAUCUCCACCACCACCGUGUGGGCCCCGCGCGCCGAGGUGCCGCCACGGAGGUCGGCGUGCCCAUCAGCGAGGCCUCGUGGUGCCCGCCGUCCUCCGGCCGCGGGUUGUUCUGGAACUGGACUCAGGGCGGCGAGGUGGCCGUGCAGCCGUGCCCGGGGGGGCGCCUCGGGCUGGCGCGCCGCCCCUGUAACCCGCUGGGCUGGCGGGCCCGCCGACCUCAGCGAGUGCCGCAGCGUGUGGCUGACGACGCUGACGGCGCGCGCGCACACCAACGACGCGGUGCUGGCGGUGGCGCACGACCUGGCCACGGUGACGGGGUCGCGGGCGCUCUACGGCGGCGACGUGACGGCCACGGCCAGGCUCCUGAACAGCCUGGCGCGGCGCAUGGCGGACGACGUCAGCAACUUCCCCGACCGCGACCAGCGCGAGGCCCUCGUCACGGAGCUCGUGGGCGCCGCCAUCGCCACGGGCUCGCACCUCAUGGGCGGGCAGCGAGACGCGUGGGCGGACCUGCGCCCGCCCGAGCACAGGGCGGCGGCCACCGCGCUGCUGCUGGGCCUGGAGGAGGCCGCCUUCCUGCUGGCCGACAACCUGCACCACGAGAAGACCGUCAACCACGCCGAGUCCAAUAUCUUGCUGCGCCUUCAGGUGGUGGAGACGCGCAACGUGGCCGCCGUCACCUUCCCUUCGCCGGGAGAGACGUGGCUGCAGCCGCCGCCCACACGCCCCUCGGACCUCUCCGACGCGCCCACGGGACACCCCUCGACCACCUCGGGAGAGCUCGACGCCCCCGCCGUUGCCACCUCCCUCCUCGGCGGUUCGUCGUCGUCGUCGUCGUCGUCCUCCUUCGACCCGACGAACAGCCUGCAGGACCCCGAGACGCCCCCGCCCGCGCCCCAGGACACCAUCACGCUCCCCCCGGAGGCGCUGCUCGAGAACUCCGAGAACGGCCUCGUCAAGAUGGUCUUCUUCAGCUACGACGGCCUCCACCACCUCCUGCAGCCCGACGGGAGGUCCUACAGGAUCAACGAAGCCAACUUCAAGGGCGUGAACGAAACCCGCGUGCUGAACUCCCGCGUCGUGUCGGCCUCCCUGGGCGCCGGACGUCACAUUGAACUGCCGGAGCCUGUCGUCCUCACGUUCACCAUGAUCAGGACAGUGAACGUCACCAACCCCGCCUGCGUCUUCUGGGACUACACCACCAGCUCGUGGUCCGAGGAAGGGUGCCGCGUCCUGCGCUACAACACGAGCCACACGGUGUGCCAGUGCGACCACCUGACCAACUUCGCCGUGCUCAUGGACGUGCACGCGACGCCCCUGGCCUACCCGCACCACCUGGCCCUCUCCAUCAUCACCUACGUCGGCUGCGUCAUCUCCAUCGUGUGCCUGCUCCUCGCCACCAUCGUGUUCCAUGCCUUUAGGGGCCUGAAGAGCGACCGGACGACCAUCCACAAGAACCUGUGCGUGUGCCUCCUGAUUGCCGAGACGGUGUUCCUGGCGGGCGUGAACCAGACGGACAAGCCGGUGGUCUGCGGCGUCGUGGCGGGCCUCCUGCACUUCUUCUUCCUCGCCGCCUUCGCCUGGAUGUUCAUGGAAGGUUUCCAGCUGUACGUGAUGCUGGUGGAGGUGUUCGAGGCGGAGAAGUCGCGCGUCCGCUGGUACUACGGCGCCGCCUACGGGUUCCCGGCGGUGGUGGUGGCCGUGAGCGCCGUCAUCGACCCCUUCAGCUACGGGACCAAGGACGCGUGCUGGCUCAGGGCGGACAACUACUUCAUCUUCGCCUUCGUGGGGCCCGUCAUCGCCGUCAUCAUUGCCAACUCCAUUUUCCUGACGAUGUCGCUGUUCAUCAUGUGCCGCCACGCCAACCUCUCCGCCUCCGUCAAGAACAAGGAACACACCAAGUUGGCCUCCGUCAGGAGCUGGGUCCGAGGCGCCGUCGUGCUGAUGUUCCUGCUGGGGCUGACGUGGACCUUCGGCCUCCUCUACCUCAACCAGGCCUCCGUCGUGAUGGCCUACGUGUUCACCGUCCUCAACUCGCUCCAGGGCCUGUUCAUCUUCAUCUUCCACUGCGUCCAGAACGAUAAGCUGGUCCCUCGCCUGACGUCCGGCCGCUGGACUCGGGGGGGAAGCAAGAACAGCACCACCACCUCCUCCUCGCAGGCCGGGGGGGGAAUGCCCCACCUGCCUGCGGGGGCGUCGGGAACAGCAGCGGGGGGAGCGGGAAUGGGAAUGGGGGCGGGCCCGGCGCGGGCGGGGUCGCUGUCCAGGGCCUCCCUCUCCAGGGGGUCGCUGGGCAGGGGGUCCCUCUCCCGGGCCUCGCUCUCCCGCACCCCCCAGAGGAACAGCAGCAGCCGCUCGGCUCGCCUCCACCACCACAACCUGCACACCCGCACCGCAGCGCUCGACCACGAAGAUGAGAAGUACUCGUUUAAGUCGUGCGGCCGAGACAGCGGCCACGGCGGCUCCGAGCAGGAGGACUCGCCGCGCGCCGGGCCCGCCGCCAAGCUGGCCGCCCUGCGCCUCAACAACAACGUGGCGCCGCACCUGCCGCCCGACCACCUGGUCAACCCCUUCACCACGGCCGCGGGCGCCGCCGCAGCCGCCGUCGGCCACGACCAGCCGUCGCCCGGCCCCGAGGCCCUGCUGCCCGACUACCGCCUGGGCGGGGAGGCCCCCACGCUGCGCCUGCCGUCGGCGGGCGUCGGGCCCCGCGGGCACCGCACGCACUCGCCCUGGAACCACACCUACACGGAGAUCCCUGACGGCGCCGCGGCGGCCGGCGUGCGCGGCGCGGGCGGCGACGGCGGCAGCGACCCCGUCUACGAGGAGAUCGAGCGCGAGGGGCGCUCCGAGCUGCAGGUGAGCGACCUGAGCGACGAGGACGGGCGGCGCCACAGCUCGGACAUCUCGCGGCAGUCGUCGCGCUCCUACGGCGACCACCGCCCCCUGCUGCCCUACACCCUGCCGGACCGCCACUCGGGCCCCCACCACCACCAGCCGCCCCUGCCGCAGUACGACCCGCGCCUCAAGGCCCGCCCGCGCCACCCCGACGGCCUCGACGACUCGCACACGCUGCCCGGCGGCCGCCUGGGCCCCCACAUGGGCGGCCACAUGGACCACACCGUGGUGAGCCCGGGCCACAUCCUGCCCAUGUCGCACCCCGCCGUGACCUCCGCCCACGCCCUGCCCCCCGGCAACGGCCACAUCAGCGGCCACCAGUACCUGGAGGCGGCGGCGGCGGCCUCGGGCGGCCAGCGCCUGGCGGACGGCGAGCGGGAGGUGCUGGACGCGAUGGCGCAGUACAGCCCGGCGGUGCUGUCGGCGCUGGGACAGGCGCUGCCGGUGGUGCACCCGCUGAGCGAGCCCAACCUGCGCAACUGGGAGGCGGCCCAGCGGCACCGCGACCUGCAGCAGCUGCAGCAGCUGGGCGAGAUGACGGUGGCGGUGCUGAGCGGCGAGCAGGUGGUGUGCAAGCUGAAGCCGCCGCUGGCGCCCAUCCACGAGAACGCGGGCGCGACGACGCAGGUGGAGCGCCACCCGCAGCCGCCCACCUACAGCCACUGUUAAGAACCGUGUACAGUCCUAGUUGUGUACAUACGUGUAUAGUGCUUUAAACCCAUUAAAGGCCUUUACGCUUUAUGAAUGUAGGUAUGCGAGUGUGCGAAAAAGUGUAAAGUAAACUCACGAUAAUCAUUAAUCUCUGUUCUUUAGACGCUGACGACGCAAAGGAAACAAACAAGUGGACGGACGGCGAGUCUCUCGCCAAGUGAACAUGAGGAACAAGUGACUCACUGACUCGGUUUUCCUUCGUGAGAGAAAAAGAGGAUUGCCGGUUGGCUGUCAUCCUAGUCAGGUCUCAAGCAGGAGGAGGAACACCGCGCUGUGUCCAUCCUUCAAGACUAAAUCCUACAGAAAUGCCAAAAUCAAAGGUGGUCCUGCUUCCUUCUAAGUGUGAACUUGGAAACAUUUCACGGGAGACAGUACAUGUGUUAGAGAAAAACCGAGAUAAGAUAUAAUGCUUUUUUAGAAGGGACACAGAAAGCAAGACUUUCCGAAAGUCGAAUUCAGACGAAAAAAAAUGAAUAAAAAAAAAGAACACGAAGGGGAAUAAAUGAUGACGGUGGUUUGGAUGUGAAAUUACACGAGUAUUUUUUGCUUGCAUUUCUUUCCAUUAACUCUCGGCACUCAAGCUCCUCCUGCUGUGACCAUCGCCCAGGCACGCUGCUGCCCGGACCCCGCUCGCUGGCUGAAGCAACAGCAGCAGCAGCACUGACAUGUGUGAACUUAUUUAUUGCACAAUUUCUUUGGAUGAUGAUGAUGGUGACUGACGAUGACGGUGGCGAUGAUGAUAAAAAAUAUUUCCAAAAAAAAAGAAAAAAAAAACGGCAAAAAUACUUUGUAGAUAGUCACAUUAAGGACACAUAAUGAACCUAAGGAGAAUUCUGUUUUUUGUGACCAUUGGAACCAAUCUAUGGAGUGUUUCCUUCAAGCAUUACAGGAUAUCAGAUGCGGCUUAAGAGGCCUUCCUUUUGCAUUUUAUUUGCAUAUUUUUUUGUUCUUUUUUUGUCUGCUUUGUUUCAGGAAGUUCUUCGUAGGAUCAAGUAACACAAGUUCAGAUUUAGGAAGCUCUAUUUGAUCGACGAUUUAAAUGAAAUAAAAAUAGAAAAGAGUAAAUGAGUGGAUCGUCUAGGCUCACAACAAGAGGAACCCAGCGAGAACGACCCUUGUAGAGAGAAAAUGUAGAUAAUGCUAAAAUGGUUGUAAAGUAGGGUGAAUAAAGAUAAAAAAAGAGUGCGUGAGAGAGAGAGAGAGAGAGAGAGAGCAAAACAUGAUGUUGAAAUCCUCAGCAUCUGAGUUUUGAGUGAAAGAGUGAGAGAGAAAAAUAGACAAAUGGACAAUUUGAUUAUGAUGAUAAUCUUGAAAACAUCCAUCUUUAAGAAAAAUCCAACCAUCUGAGUUUUGUACUUGUACGAGUAAAAACUAAAGAGAAAAAAGUCGGAUUCUUGUGACAGAAAUUGCCUCUGUUAACCGAACGACUUUGGGUCCCUCGCCAUUCCACAGAGAGGGGGCCCCCGGUAGACCCCCUCCCCCUUGUUGAUCAUUAUUAUGUAACGGCUUCCUCUCGUUUGUGCAUUUUUCUUCCAUAGAUGUUUCAAUUCUCAUUCAUUCUAACAUUGUUAUUAUUGACAGAUAUAAUUCUUUGUGUGUAAGAUGUCACGAAGCUAAAUGUCCUUUUUUAAUGAUUUUUUGUUUCUUUUCUGUUACGUCUCUUUCUUCUUUUUCAUUUUUCUCUCUCUUUUUUUAAAUAUCAUUAUGGCUGAUUCGUCUAACUUUGGAGAGACACUUAACACACGCACCAAGAUUUUUUUGCUUUUGAAUUUUUGUUUUUUUCCUAAUGUCUUUACCAGUUUGUUAAAUUUGCCCAUUUGUUAUUCACGGUUUUUGUGUUUUUUGUUAUUUUUAUGUCAUUAUCUUGGCCGCAUUUUAAAGUUCUUGACACUCUUUAGCUUUUAUUGUUUAUAACUAGUUUUUAACUUCAUAUUUUUGUAACCGGAAAGAAAGAUAGCUAAGCAUAAGUUUUUUUUUUAAUCAAAAUUCACCUUAGAAAUGAACGACACCUUAAUAUCAUUUGAACGCAUUUUAUAUUCGACAAGACUUUCCACAAAUCAGUUUGGGAUUAACUUUCCUAUUUAUUCAGUAACUUGUACGACGAAACUCGAGUCCUUUUAAUAAGAGUGUCAGACAUGUUGGCUCGUCAUAAAAUCUCUAAUAAAAAUGCUAAAAACUUCAACUAACUUAUAUUUCUGUGCCUCUCUCCCAUGUGUAGUCAUUGUAUAGAAUCAGCUCUGUUUUGUAAUAUUUUGUAUGUAAACUGUGAUACAUGUAUUAAAUGAACAAGAAUCUAUCGCCAAAUUGAUAUCAAAUAAAUUAUUGUGAAAAAAU